UCGAUAUAAAGCAAAAUAAUCUCGGAUCAGAUCGAUCUCCACAUUCUCCAUCUCACCCCUGCCCCAUCACCACCUCCGCCUUUUCAUUUCUCCGCUUCGCAAAUCUCACGACUCCUCUCCCUCCCAAAAAGCUCCGUCAGAUCUCCUCUCUCGGCGAGGAAAUGGCGCAGAUACUGCUGCACGGGACGCUCCACGCCACCGUCUAUGAAGUGGAUCGGCUCCACCACGGCGGCGCUCCCAAGUUCUUCCGCAAGAUUAUGGCAAAUAUCGAAGAGACUGUUGGCCUGGGCAAGGGAGUGACGAAACUGUAUGCCACAAUCGAUUUAGGAAAGGCUAGAGUUGGAAGGACAAGAAUAAUUGAAAAGGAAGCUUCUAACCCACGCUGGUACGAGUCCUUCCACAUCUAUUGUGCCCACAUGGCCUCGGAUGUUGUAUUUUCCAUCAAGGACGAUAACCCUAUCGGUGCAUCAUUGAUCGGAAGAGCCUAUAUACCUGUUGAUGAGUUGUUGGGCGGGGAAGAGCUGGAUAGAUGGGUUGAAAUCUUGGAUAAAGACAGAAAUCCUAUAGGUUCGAAGAUCCAUGUGAAGCUGCAGUACUUUGAUAUCAGCAAAGACCGUAACUACGGUAGGGGUAUUAGAAGUGCGAAAUUUCCUGGAGUUCCUUAUACAUUCUUCUCUCAGAGACAAGGAUGUAAAGUAUCUCUUUACCAGGAUGCUCACAUCCCGGACAACUUCAUUCCAAAAAUCCCUCUUGCUGGAGGCAAGUAUUAUGAGCCUCACAGAUGUUGGGAAGAUAUAUUUGAUGCAAUCAGCAAUGCAAAGCACUUGAUCUACAUUACUGGUUGGUCAGUGUAUACUGAGAUCUCACUUGUCAGGGAUGCAAGGAGGCCGAAGCCUGGGGGAGACAUCACUAUUGGGGACCUGCUAAAAAAGAAGGCAAGUGAAGGAGUUAGGGUGCUGAUGCUUGUCUGGGAUGAUAGGACUUCUGUAGGUUUGUUGAAAAAGGAUGGACUGAUGGCCACUCAUGAUGAAGAAACUGAGCAUUUCUUCCAUGAUACUGAGGUGCACUGUGUCUUGUGCCCUCGUAAUCCUGAUGAUGGUGGAAGCAUUGUUCAAGAUCUACAAAUUUCCACCAUGUUCACUCAUCACCAGAAGAUUGUUGUGGUGGACAGUGAGAUGCCUAGUCAGGGGUCACAGAGGAGGAGGAUUGUGAGCUUCGUAGGUGGUAUUGAUCUCUGUGAUGGGAGAUAUGACACUCCAUUCCACUCUCUGUUCAGGACAUUAGACACGGCUCAUCAUGAUGAUUUCCACCAACCAAACUUUGCGGGUGCUUCGAUCACCAAGGGUGGUCCUCGGGAACCUUGGCAUGAUAUUCACUCGCGGCUUGAAGGACCCAUUGCUUGGGAUGUGUUGUAUAAUUUUGAGCAGCGAUGGAGAAAGCAGGGCGGUAAGGACCUGCUUCUUCCGCUAAGGGAGCUUGAUGAUGUUAUUAUCCCCCCUUCUCCUGCUAUGUUCCCCGAUGACCCUGAAAGAUGGCAAGUCCAAUUAUUCAGAUCGAUAGAUGGUGGAGCUGCUUUUGGCUUCCCUGAGACUCCUGAAGAUGCUGCUAGAGCUGGGCUUGUUAGUGGGAAGGAUAAUAUCAUCGAUCGAAGCAUUCAGGAUGCUUAUAUAAAUGCAAUCCGCCGUGCCAAAAAUUUCAUUUAUAUUGAGAAUCAGUAUUUUCUUGGAAGCUCUUUUGGUUGGUCUGCUGAUGGUAUAAAGCCCGAGGAUAUUAAUGCCUCACAUCUUGUCCCCAAGGAGCUUGCACUUAAAAUUGUAAGUAAGAUUGAAGCUGGGGAGAGGUUCAGUGUCUAUGUCGUAGUUCCAAUGUGGCCUGAGGGCGUUCCAGAGAGUGGAUCGGUGCAGGCAAUAUUAGAUUGGCAGAAGAGGACGAUGGAGAUGAUGUACAAGGAUGUUAUCCAAGCUCUGCAAGCGAAGGGUAUUGAGGAAGACCCUCGAAAUUAUUUGACAUUUUUCUGUCUUGGAAAUCGGGAGGUCAAGAGGAGUGGAGAAUAUGAGCCUUCGGAGAAGCCUGAACCUGAUUCAGAUUAUAUAAGAGCCCAGGAAGCACGGCGAUUCAUGAUCUAUGUUCAUGCCAAGAUGAUGAUCGUUGAUGAUGAGUACAUAAUAAUUGGAUCUGCCAACAUCAACCAGAGAUCGAUGGAUGGUGCCAGAGACUCAGAGAUUGCAAUGGGAGCUUACCAGCCCCAUCAUCUGGCCACAAGAGAGCCAGCACGCGGACAGAUCCAUGGCUUCCGUAUGGCUCUGUGGUAUGAGCACCUGGGAAUGCUUGAUGACUCAUUCCUCCAGCCUGAAGGUGAGGAAUCUAUCAGGAAAGUGAAUCAGAUCGCUGACAAGUACUGGGAUCUUUACUCGAGUGAGACACUCGAGCGCGACUUGCCUGGUCAUCUGCUUCGCUAUCCUAUUGGGGUUGCCAGUGACGGAGUCAUCACUGAACUGCCAGGAUUCGAGCACUUCCCUGACACGAAGGCUCGGAUUCUUGGUACCAAAUCUGACUACAUGCCUCCCAUCCUCACUACUUAGUUCAAACGUUUACCUCCUUUCCCUUAAACUUUGGUUAUCUACUUGGUUGUGCUAUACCAACAGUAAUUUGGCUUGCUGUCCUCUUUGGUAUGUUGGUUGUUGUAGCAGUGUAAUAAAGUGUUUCACCCAUCCUGUCUCGUGAAAGAUGAUAUUCUUUUGUGAUCAGCUUUUUCAUAUCGAGAUUUGCAGAGUUUUUAUGGCAAUAGGAUGUUAACUGGUCGAAGUUUGCCUUUUGUAAUACAUGGUAUAUCUUUCCUACUGC